CUUCAAAACAUAAUAAAAAUCAUAAAUAUAUAUGUAUCGAUUUUGGAGCACUUUAUGUUUUUGGUUUGUAUACGCCGCUCUUCCACCGCGCGCGUAUCUGUCAAAAGAACAUAACCUCUCCUGUCUCCAGAGUCCAGUCGCCGUAUAGUCGUCGUAGUUGUCGCACAUUACAGAAGCAGCUGUCAUGUACUACUAAUUAAUAUGUUAAUUACUCGACACAAAUACAUCACAGAUUAAAAACAUCACUAAAAAAACUAGAGUUUAUUAUAAGGUUACAGUCGAGUGGAUUAUCUUCAUUAAAAUCUGAUAUGAGUCAAAAUUCAACAAUGUUUGAAGUAACGGUAUUAUUCGAUGGCUAUUCCAAAUUAGUUGAUGACGUAAUGGAAGCUAAUUGCAGUUGCACUUUAAUUAAAGGACCAAAGACAAUUAUCGUUGAUACUAUGACUGCCUGGGAUAAAGAGCGAUUAGUCGAAGCUUUGGCGCAGAAUGACGUUCGUCCCGAGGAUGUAGAGUACGUUGUUUGUACGCACGGACAUGCUGAUCACAUUGGGAACAAUAAUCUGUUUACUAAUGCAGAACACAUUGUCGGCUACAGCGUUCAUCGACAAUCGAGAUUCUACAGAGACCUUAGGAAAGUUUCAGGGGACCUUUUCGAAAAGCAGGAAGACAUCGCCGAUCCGUCGAUCUGGAAGGAACAGUCGGCAUCAGAGUACCUACAAAAGCUGCAAGCAAAAAUGCGCUGGUUGAUAAUAAACACAUCGGAUUUCAUUGUUCCAGGACACGGUCCCAUGUUCCGGGUGACGGACACGAUGAGAAAAUUGGUCGAGUGUCCGGGCGAGUAGGACUAAAAAAAAGAAAAGAAUUAUUUAAAGACUAACUCAAAACAGAUUUUAAAUGCACAAGGCUAUCCGUAAUAAUUCUGAAAUUUUAUAUUUAUAAUGAAAAAUAUAAUAAUAGGCACAGUUAUAUUUACAAAGAUUUUUAUUAAACACUGUGUCGAUUAUCGUGUAUCACAAUAUUGUUAAUUUAUGAUUACAGUACAACUUUUUAUAUAUUAAUAUAUGUAUCUUCUAUGACGAACACUCUCGCAGGAAAGAGCGCAAAGCGAUUUCUUUCCGGCACCAAAUAAUAAAAGUUUAACUUAUAUUUUAAUUUA